AUGUCGAUGUCGCUCGGCACGGGCGCACUGAGCUGGGAGCAAUCAUCAUGCAGCUGCAUGGGCCCAUCUCACGUCCUCCAUUCCUUCCCUUCGUCGUCGCUGCCCACUUCCCCAACAUCAUCAAUUGAGAUGUUGUCCGUCGUGGAGAUAUUUGCCGUCAUUGGUGUGCUGCUCUCCAUCUCCAUCGUCUACCGCUUCGCACUCUUCGUCUGGCUGUAUUUCCUCCGGCCCUCGGGCGUGCACAAAUUCUUACACGGCCCUCCUGCUUACGCCAUAGUCACCGGUGCCACCGACGGCAUAGGGAGGGCUGUCGCCCAGGAGCUGUACAACAAGGGCUUUAACUUGAUUCUGCACGGUCGCAACGAGGAGAAGAUGCGCAGCGUCGUGGAGAGCAUACGUGCGACGGGCUUGCGUGACGUGCGGUACUUCAUCGCGGACGCGUCUCAGCAGGGCAUUGAUUUUGUGAGCAUCGCGGAAAGGUAUAAAGACCUCAACAUCACGCUUGUGAUCCAUAAUGUCGGAGGCUCGUCGCCAAGACGGUGCAGAAUCGAUGGCUUCACUGAGUCGGAGCUGCUGGGAAUCGUGCAGAUGAACGCGCUCUUCCCACUCCUCCUCACGCGUGCGCUUCUCCCCUCGCUCCGCGCGUCGGCCGCGCACGGGCCCGUCCUCGUGCAAUUCGUCGGCUCGCAGGGCGCAGACGUGUCCCCGCCGCGGUUUGCGCUGUACGCGUCCUCAAAAAGGUUCCUCCAGGCUCUCGCGCGCGGGCUCGACGUUGACGAGCGCGUGUGGGACGGCGCGUCCGGCGUGCGGUUCGAGUACGCCGCUGUCGGCGAGGUGCGCUCGCAGACGCACCCCGUGCAAAUCCGCGUCAGCUCCCCGUCGGCGGAGCGCUUCGCGCGCUCGCUCGUCAAGCGCGUCGGCUGUGGGUGGAGGCGGUACGCGCCGUACAUGCCGCAUGCGUAUAUGCAGUGGAUCGUGGAGUUGCUGGGGGAGACGGUCGUGGAGAAGUAUGUGGUGAAGGAGAUCGACCAGAUACUCGCGCUCGGUGAGAAGAAGGCGUAA